AUACCUAUUCGUGUAUUGUUUUUACAGAAUGCUGGUGCAAAGACGCAACAGAUUCAUGGGGCGGCCCACUAGGGUACCGUGUGAUGGCGACCUUGGGUCUGCUGUCAGUCAUAUCUGGUCUUCUCAUAUGUGUCUUCGUGCCGUAUUUCAUGAGACCGAUUGUGUUCGGAGUUCUUUGUGGUCUUGGUUCUUCUCUUAUCUCCUCUCAAGUUGAUGCCAUUAUCUUUGAAACGUAUGAUUCUAAUUUGGGAAUCGUUCGUGGACUGUGCUUUGCUGGACAAGCUAUAGGACAGGCAUUUUUUCCUCAUAUACUUACCGUUAUAAUUGAUCACUUUGGAUACUCAUAUUCACACAUGAUAUUAGCUGGCAUAAUGCUACAAACAUUACCAGCCAUUAUGCUGUUAAGGGUCAAUGUCGCUAUAAAAAGAUCAGCAUCUUAUUCAAGAUAUAGUGAUAAAACCUACGCAUUAUUUAAUAAUGAAGGCGCAAAGGGCUACAACAAUGAGAUACAAUUGUAUGACUUAAGUAAAAAAUGUUGGAAAAGUCCAUCUGGUGAUAAUUUGCAUAGACAAGAAGGUGACAAUGAAUGUUUUGAAGAUUUCGAUUUAAAUUCCACAGUUACCCCACCACCAAGUCCUGAAGAGAAGCGAAGAAAUAUAUUCGGUGUCGAGAUACUUCCUGAAAUACCAGAAGAGAGUGAAGAAAGCGAUGAAGAGAUUGAGGAAGAAACAGAAAACGAUAAAAGUAGAAAACGUUUUAGCAUGGCUAUUAAGAGACUGAGUACUAUAGGGGAUAGUUUUGAUGAAUAUAUAAAUAAGCAGAUAAGACGAGACUCCGAGCAAACAGAUGGUUAUGAUGGUAAAGAAUACUCUGAGAUAGAAGUAACCUAUGAAACGAUUUCUCCAAUAACAGCUGUUGAAAGAGAAAAGGUGUUUAAUUCGUUUGGUUUCCGUUGUCAGUCAGCUUACGCUAGUUUGAGGAGAAGAAUGAGAAUGCCUUCAUAUAAAGUAUACAGAUUAAGACGACGAUUAAUGUAUUUAAUGUAUAAUAUAAAUGAUACGUUUAUUAAACCUCUCACAAGGUCGUUAUCAUGUUGGCGUUUCUAUCCUGCAUUGAUGAUAUGUUUUUCUAAACUCGUUUUAUCGGCAGUAUUUCUUGUAUUAUUGCCAAUGAUUGCAACACAGAUUAAACCAGCAAUAUCAAUGACGGAAACAAAUUUCUUGAUUUCUCUACAUGGCUUCACAUGGAUAUGCUUUUUACUGUGCACUCCGUGGUUAGCGCAAACACCAAAGCGCAAUUUCAAAUAUGUAUCUGUGAUUGGUUUGUUGAUUGGAACUGCAGCAUCAUUUUUAUUGGCUGAAGCAAAUACUCAUGACUCUUUCUCAAUUGCGUGUGUGGUAGCUGGAAUGGGCUACGGUGCCGUAUCAUCAUGUUGGGAAACAUCAGCGCAAGAUUUUGUUGGGACACGUAAAUGGCCAAAAUUUCAUAGUACUUUAGAAACCCUUUCUUCUACUCUCCUAGUCAUAUUCGUAUUUGGCCUUAGUUACGUCGUAGAUAGUGAAAAUGGUUUGCAAACCUCCAUGUUCAUUUUAGGCAUUAUACUUGCUAUAAUAACUUUUGUGUGGUUAGUAAUAUCUUUGGUAUCAUUAUAUUUUACUAAAAUGAGAUCUCUUAAAUUUGGUAGACCUUGGAUGUAUUAAAAUAUCAAUAAUAUAAACAAUUAGGUAGAAAAUUUAAAUUUGGCGCAAACUGAUUGUGACUGCGUGGAAACGGACAAUGUAUGGAGUUUCUUUAUUUGUAAUAUGCACACAUUACUUGUAGGUUAUAAGUAAAGCACUUAAAAACCAAUUUUGAACUAAACUAUAAAAAAAAUCGAGAUUAUAGAAGAAUUUUUUUUGGCGAUUGUGUGUAUGUAAUUGUUGUACAUACUUAUUUUAUUGGAAUACAUAUUGUGAUAAGUAGGUAGAUAUAUUAUCACUGUAAAUUGACACAAUAAAUUAUUAUUUUUUACUACUUAUUUCGUUUCUUAAUUUCUAUUGACUUUAUUAUCGUUUUGAUUGUUGCAUAUUGUUAGUCCAGUAAAAUUCUUAAAGUACCUAACUAAAAUUAUUUAAUAUGAAUCCAUUUUAAAAAAUCAUUAUUUUGUCUGUAUGGUUUUCAAUGCCAUCCAUUUUCUGGAAGCUUCCAGGCCACUAUCAACUAUUUAAUUAUUUUAACUUUAAAAAAUCUAUCUUCUAAAUCCAAAUUUAUAGGG